AUGGUGAUGCAGAAGUCUCUUGCAGAACGAGCCGCGUACGUGCUGGCUCCGUGUUGCGUCGGUAAGAUCAAGCUGAGCGAGCUGGCCUACCCUCGUUCAGCUACCUUGGCUGCUGAGCUCACACGUACCGAAUACGAGGUGCUGGCGAAGGCUGCAGACUUCGGUCACUCGAGCAGCACUACUAUGGCCCACACCGACAUCAAUCGCAGACGUCGACGCUGCAAGACGCUCCUUGAGAGUGAUCGCAACAUGCGCGCUGAAGAAGCACAGUACGAUACGUUCAUGUUCGUUAUGCACCCUCCUACUGCUACGCCGAAGAACGACGUACUGGUUGGGAUCCCACGAAAUCUCACGGCUGAGCAAAGCGACCGGCUGUUCCAGCUCGAGUGCGAGGCUGCUCUAUCGACCGACGCGCUCGUACACAAAGCAAUGUUCGGCGUAUAG